AUGGCUGAAGUUGAUGUGGCUUUUGUCCAACCUCUAGAGCACAGGCCAAAGCCCAACAAUUCUGCUAAGAUAGUAGAAGGAAUUCCAGUGAUUGACCUCUUUCAAUUAACAAAUACGGGUUCAAUCGAUGCUCCUCCAACUGAGAUUGUUUCCAAAAUUGGCAACGCGUGUAGGGAUUGGGGAUUCUUCCAAGUCAUCAAUCACGGAGUACCGUUUGAACUCCAACAAAGAGUUGAUGCGACAGUGAAGAAAUUCUUUGGUCUCUCUCCCGAGGAAAGACGCAAAGUUAAGAGAGACGAGACUAAUCCUUUGGGUUAUUAUGACACUGAGCAUACCAAGAAUGUUAGAGACUGGAAGGAAGUGUUCGACUUCACCGUGAAAGAUCCCAUGGUCUUACCUGCCUCGUGUCAAGUUCAUGACCAAAAUUAUGAGCUCCAUGAGUUGAGGAACCAAUGGCCAACUUAUCCUCCUGAAUUCAGGGAGGUGUGUGAAGAAUAUGCUAAAGCUAUGGAAAAACUAUCAUUUAAGCUGCUAGAAAUCAUGGCCUUAAGCUUGGGCUUGCCAGAAAAGAGGUUAAAUGGUUACUUCAAUGAUGAGCCUACUAGUUUUAUACGAUUCAACCACUACCCACCUUGUCCAGUGCCACACUUGGGUCUUGGCGUGGGUCGUCACAAAGAUUCGGGUGUCUUGACUGUUCUAGCGCAGGAUGAUGUUGGUGGCCUAGAAGUAAAGCGCAAAACAGAUGGUGAGUGGAUCAAGGUCAUGCCUAUUACAGGUUCUUACAUAAUCAACGUCGGCGAUAUAAUUCAGGUCUGGAGCAACGAUGCCUACGAGAGCGCAGAACAUAGAGUGGUGGUUAAUUCCGAGAGGGAAAGAUUUUCUAUCCCUUUCUUUUUCAACCCUUCACACACUGUAAUGGUAAAGCCAUUAGACGAGCUGACAAACGACCAGAAUCCAGCCAAAUACAAGGAAUAUAACUGGGGGAAGUUUUUUAAGACUCGAAACAUAAGUGAUUUCAAGAAACUCGACGUCGAGAACAUUCAAGUACAUCACUUCAAAGAAUCCGAUUGA